UCAGACCAGAAGAUCAGAUCAGACCCACGCAACAUCACUUCCCCAUUCCCUCGCCGCCGCCGCCGCCCCGUCGAUCUCCUCCAAAGCGGCGGCGCCGCCAUGCUCCGGCUCCGCCACACCGUCCUCUCCCAGCUCCUCUCGUCUUCCCCCGCCUCUCCCAUCUCCCACCUCAGCCGCCUCUUCUCCGCCGUCUCCCCGAACCCUAGCUUCGCCGUGGAGGAGUAUCUCGUCGCCACCUGCGGCCUCACCCGACCCCAGGCCCUCAAGGCCUCCGCCAAGCUCUCCCACCUCAAGUCCCCCGCCAAUCCCGACGCCGUCCUCGCCUUCCUCACCGGCCUCGGCCUCUCCGGCGCCGACGUCGCCGCCCUCGUCGCCAAGGACCCGCAGUUCCUCUGCGCCAAAGUGGAGAGAACCCUGGCCCCCGUCGUCGCUGGGCUCACCGGCCUCGGCCUGUCACGUUCUGACAUCGCGCACCUCGUCUCGCUCUCCCGUGACAAAUUCCGAUGUAGAUCCAUGGUCUCAAAUCUGCAGUACUUCCUGCACCUCUUCGGCUCCUUUGAGAACCUCCUCCCUGCUCUCAGGCGCGGCUCAUGCCUUCUCUCAGCCAACAUUGAUACAGUGGUCAAGCCCAAUGUUGCGUUCCUGCGAGAGUGCGGGCUAGGUGACUGUGACAUUGCCAAGUUGUGCAUCGCCGAGCCAUGGCUGCUCGCCUCAAACGUAGAGUGCGUGUGGGAAAUGGUGGCACGCGCCCAAGGUAUUGGUGUGCCCUGUGUCUCUCGGAUGUUCAGGCACGCGUUGCGGGCUGUUGCAUUCCUUAGCAAGGAGAAAAUCGCCGCCAAAGUGGAGCACUUGAAGAAGACGUUCAGGUGGUCUGAUGCCGAGGUGGGCAUUGCUUUGUCCAAGCUUCCAAUUGUGCUGGUGAGGUCUAACCAGAUGCUGGAGAGCAGCCUGGAGGGCCGGAUCAUACCCCGGUACUAUGUUGUAAAGUUUCUUAAGGAAAAUGGACUGCUGGAUCACAACCGGAGCUACUAUUCUGCAGUCAUGGUGAUGGAGAAAGUAUUCGUGGACAAGUACAUAUGCCCUCACAAGGAAGUUGCACCAUACCUUGCUGAAGACUAUGAUGCCGCUUGCAGAGGGGAGGUGUCAACUAGAUUCAAAUUUACAUGAAAAAUGGUAACAGUACGGCACAACAAAUUUCUUACAUUCUGCGUUAUGCUAUUCAUUCCUGAUUUGGUGUUAUUGGCCUAACUGAAUUGUAGCUGUCUGCUAUUGAUAAUCUAUAGUAUGUUUGUUACAUGCUGAUUUGAUGGUGCUAGUCUAGGAUGAAAUUGGCAAUUUGAUUUGAGAGUAUUGGAAUUCUCAUUAUGACAUUCAAUUAGAGAAGAAAGCAUGGUACUACUGCUUUGACGUACAUAUUGGAUUUACGGGAAUCUUUGUGAAAACCAUGGAGCGGCUGCUCCAGCCACGGAUACCCUUCAUUUCCACCUCAAGACAGGAACCAUGUCAGAAAAAGCACUGCAAAGUACUCCCCCCGUAAACAAAUAUAAGAGCGUUUAGAUCGCUACUUUAGUGAUCUAAACGCUCUUAUAUUUCUUUACACAGGGAGUACUAAGCACUGUCUGACACAUAUCCCCACAAAAUUACGUUUGAAAUGGACGGCGUCCAAGAGUGGAGAAGUGGUUUCAUGGAGCUAAAAAAAGUCUCUAAGAACUAAUGGAAUUAAAGAGAGUGAGAGCAGGACAUUCUGCAAAUGUUCUCAAAUGACCAUAGCAUUUUCAGGUGCACCUCAAUCUAUCUUUUCAUCGAAGAAGGUUCUCAUUUUGGCCAAAGAUGACAUGGACUUUUAAAUUUUCUCCGGAUGAAAGUAUGUUUGUCACUCCCAAGGAUGCAGUUUGGAUCUAGUAUGUUGGUUGCUUGCUCUAGUUCUUCUAAGAUGAAAAUCUUCGUUCAUCCAGCAGUAGCUUUGCUUAUAAAACUGUUGUGAAAGCAAGUCAUUGUGCACUACUCAGUAGUUUGUAUCAGUUUUUCCCCUUAUAUUCUUUGAUUGAUGGCCUACUAGUUGAUAUUUUUCAUAUGGCUUCUGAUGUCAGAACUGAAUAGUGCAUUAGUUGGCUAGUAGCAUUUUUGUUAUCGACUUAUCCAUGUAGAACUAUGUAACGGGCAUUUUGGAGGCCCUAGUAUUUGUGCUACAGAGGCAAAUUUCUCAAAAGCAGAGGGCAUUUCAUAUAACAGAACUUUUGUUAAGUUAAUCUUAAAAUCGGUUAUGUCAUUUAUCUGUCGUACCUUUUUACUAAUUUUAUUCCAUAUUAGCACUAUGUACAUAGAUGCUUAGGCAUCUGUAUUCCAUAUCAGUAUUUGCUUUUUUUGGAUGAUCUUUUAUAUUUUCUUUUGUUGUGUCAGCUAUGAUUUCUUCUAAAGACGUGUAUGCUGGCAUUGGAGAAAAGAGAAUGAACACCUAGCAUGUUUCAUUUUUUUCGGCUCUGAAAGAAUGAAGACUGUCACCUCAUCUAAGAGAUUAUACCACUAAUUUUCUCAUUUAUACCAAAUGUCAUCUCUUCGUCGCCUGUUUAGUUAAAUCUAAGUCUAGAUAUUGCAUAAUUAUAGAUCUUGCAGAACUUAGAACAUAGGAAUAGUAUACAUGUUGUGUACCUCAAAUUAAGACCCAAGCUGUGGUGGGGAUGUCCAUAUUUGUCUGUUCCUGAUGUUAGGCUUUAGAAGUUGGAAGAAAUGAGAUCUCAACUGUGUGCUUGCAGUAACACAAAGGAGAUUAAUCGCAAAGAGAUCUGAUUUGAAAUGAACA